AUGGGAGCACUCAUUGACAUCACCAUUGAUUUGUCGGGAGAAAAAUGGGGCGCCAACAGUAGAUCAGUUCACCAAGAGAAUGAUAUAUUAGAAGCAAGCGAUAGUCAUCCUAUAGUUGCAGUUCCGUCCUCGUUCAUCCACACUUUACAUAACCUAUCCAACGUAAAGUUGUGUACGUUAGAACAAGUGGAGGUGAUCUUUGAUAUACAUGUUCCAAGUGUAGGAAUUGUAACACCACAACCAUUGCUACUUCCCCGCCUUUCGGAUAUAAAAAUGAGUGAUAUGAAUUGUAUGACUCAUUUGUGGAGAUGCAAUUGGAGGAAGUUUUUGAUGUUACACAACCCCCAGCAAAAAUCAUCGUUUCAGAACCUCACAACCAUAUACAUGGAGAAAUGUAAAACCAUUGAGUACUUAUUUUCCCCUCUCAUGGCGACACUUCUUUCCAACCUAAAGAAAAUACAUAUAGAGAAUUGCAAUAGAUUUCAAGAAGUUGUCUCAAACAGAGAUGAUGAAGAUGACAUUCUUAAGGGUACAACAAAUGUAAGGUUUCCUAGCCUAAGAUCAAUCAUUCUAGGCAAGCUACCAAACCUUAGAGGUUUCUUCUUUGGGUUCUCUGGGAAGAAUGAGCUCCAAUUGCCGUUAUUGGAUGAACUUGUUAUCGAAAGAUGUCCCCAGAUGAUGGCGUUUACAUCCCUUCCAUUAAGAGCUCCGAAGCUCGAGUACAUACACAUAAAUGCUGGCAAAUAUAAUUCAAGCUUCUUUAUGACAACGACCACUUUACCUCAGGCCCCAUCCCAGAGUUUAAACAACACAAACUCAUUGACUACUAUUUCAGAAGAGUUUCUCUCAUAUUCUCGUAGUUUGAUUGAAAUGAAUGCAAGGGGUGGCUGGGAAAGUAGAGUGUUUUUCUUAUAUGAUGAGCUGCCACAACUGCAAAAUCUUGAAAAGUUGUAUGCAAGAGAUUGUGUAUCAGUACUGGAGGUAUUUGAUAUAGGAACAGAAGUAAGAUGUUCUAGUUCAUCACAAAUUUCGGUUGUAGAGCUUCCAAAGCUAAGUGAUGUGUGUCUACAAUAUCUAGAGAGUCUGAAGUAUAUUUGGAUGAGUAAUGGCCGUCGGACAAUAUUGGAGUUUCCAAACCUAGCAAAACUGUCUAUUUCUUCUUGCAACCAGUUAGAACAUGUUUUUACAUGUUCGAUGGUUGGUAGUCUACUGCAACUCAAAGAGCUAAGUAUAAGAUGGUGUCAGAAUAUGGAAGUAAUCGUCAAGGAGGACCAAGAGGAAGAAGAAGAGGAAGGUGGUGAUAUAGGCAAAGUUAAUGAGCCGAUCAGGUUACCUUGUCUAAAGUCUUUAGAACUUGGUAAUCUUGAUAGUCUAAAGGGAUUUUGCUUAGGGAAUGCGGAUUAUUCAUUUCCAUCUCUGGAAAGCAUGAGUAUCAAAAGAUGUAAAUCUAUAACGACUUUCACCAAAGGAGAUUUGGUUGUUCCAGAGUUAAAAGUCAUGGAGACAAGAUCAGGCACUAUUAACCUAGCAGAGGAACAAGACAUCAACUCCUUUAUCAUCACCAAAACACAAGAGGGAUUUGAUCUUUGAUGACGUCAACAUUAGAAUGUGAAAUAAAUAAAUAUCAAAGAUUAAAAGACAGCAUUGAGAGGAGUUCAAUUUAAAGAUUGUAUAAUCUGGAAGGGUGCUGGCAUUUUCAACGGCUUCAGACCACGGUUUGGGUGAAGCCCUGCAGCCAUCCCACGGUUUGACCAUGGUUUGGAGCAUCACGGUUUUGUAAACCACGUUCCCACCGUUGGAGCUUUGUAAUACCAUUAGACUUUGAUUGAACUGAUGUGAUAUACUUGAAUUUCGUUUUGUUUUAAA